AUGAACCUGCUGUCUUCUUCCGUCGGUACUAUCGGCGCUUUCCUUAAUACGGAAAGACUGCGCAAGGUGACCGAGACAUCUCUUUGUGCAUCACUGAUUCACGGAUUUAAUAGCACUGCACAGUCGGAUUCUGAAUCUUCCGACUCUCCACCCACCACUUGUUCGAUAAAUCCCGAAGCCCUUCCUGAUCCUGAUGUAUUUCAUAUAUUUUCACGUAACUCCUUUGACAAUCCAAGAUUUGUAUCUUGCUUUCUGGACAUCUGCGUUACCCUGACCCAUCAUAACUGCCUCGGCCCUUUCCUAACCUCGCCGCAGUAUGAAGAAGCGUGCCAGUAUUUGAUACACAAGCUUAUCGCCAACGCAUUUGUGGAUACAGUUGUUAUCACUUCCCUGGACCAGAUUUUCAUGAUUUCCGAAGUCUUACAUAUCCAGGAUUCAUUCAAGAUACAUGCUUCUCUUUUGUCAACCCAGUUUGAGGAGACUGUCGUUGGGGUUCUCACUGCGAACGAGAGUUUCGAGUGGCCAGCGGAAUUAAACAGAUGGAGAUGUGUCUUCACAACAUUGACCAAUGCAAAAUCUCGUCUAAAGCCGUCCAAAUUCACUCCACUUGAACUGUCUUCCUUGGAUCGGUUGUAUGAAGUUUUCCUUCGCAAUCUCUCUUCUUUCCAGAGUUAUCUUGUU